AUGAAGCUCCGUAUCCUACUACUAGCGACCGCGUCUGUCCUUCCGCUCGCCACCGCUACGACGAUCUGUGAAUCUGCCUGCUCGACGCUCCUGUCCUCCUAUUCAUUCAGCGGUUGUCUGACCUCAGAAUCCUCCUCCUCCGCCUCUAGCAUCUGCUGCACAAGCACGGCCUACGCCGAGUCUUAUACCCUCUGUCUGGCAAACUGCAAUGUCAGAGAGCGUGUCGCUACAUGGAACAGCUUCCGGCGGCAGUGCGCCUAUGCGCUGUGCGAUACAAACGGCAGCUACGACGAAAUCUACAGCAACGCUCUUGACAACAGCGAGACGGCGGCCGCAGCCGCCAACUCUACUUCGCUGUCUGUCGCCGUCGAGGUGCUUCCGGCGUCGUUCGAGUCCCAAUAUGCGUAUCAAAGAGCACUGGCUGCGAACUCGCUGCACAACAAGAUAUACGGUACCGUACUCGUUCUGUUCUGGUUCCUUGCCGUCUUCAUUGCUGCCUUGGCGCGCCUUCAUGGUAUCCUCUUUGACAGACUGAAACGGCCCCGGAGUCCGACCUCACGAUGGAUCCAGAAGAAUCUUGCUCUGCCGCCCUUGUUUGGUCGUCAGCACAUGGAAUCCGUAAAGAUUGCAGCUUUCCCUGUAGGCCAGCUACCGCUUCUUUGGCAGUCAUGCGUCAUUGGCCUCUUCUGCUUCCUAAAUCUGAUCUUUGUUGUUGCUGAAUUCGACGCCGAUCUGGAGGCCAAGGAGAUUAUGAGCGAGAAUUCUCAGAUGAUUCUCUUCUCGGCAAAGCGAACUGGGGUUAUGGCAAUCUUUUUGCUGAUCCCCACUUUGCAGUUUGCCGGACGUAAUGCAUUCUUAUGCCAAAUCACUGGCUGGUCCAGCGAUACCUUCAGGCUCUUUCAUCGCUGGUGUGCUCGGGUGGCUGCCUUUGACGUUUUCGUUCAUGGAGUGCUGGAAACCGUCUACUUUGUGAGCAUGAAGAUAUAUACUACCGUCGUUAUAGAUGCCAUCUCCAAUCUAGUUGGCGUUAUCGCUACUAUAAUACUGGCUCUUAUCAUCAUUGAAUCAUUCCAUGCAUUCCAGCGGUUGUGGUACGAGAUUGUCAUGACGAUCCACAUCGUGCUUGCCGUCGCGUUUGUAUUAUUAUUGAAAUAUCAUAUUGACUCAACCGUCUAUGUGUAUUUGGUGUAUACUGCCGCUGCCGUCUAUCUCUUUGACCGUCUUCUACGACUUCUGCGGGUCGUUUACGGCAACUUCUCCGGACAGGCCGAGAUCCACGCGAAUCAAAAUGCAACACAGGUCACCGUCAAGCCUUUCGUGCCGUUCACGUACAAGCCGGGGCAGUUUGCUUACAUGUACACUCUCCGUCUUAACUUUUGGCUGGCAAACCCGUUCAGCGUGGCCCAGUCUGACGAAUUGGGAUACUUUUUCGUCGCAAAGAGAUUUAAUCGGGUUACCAGGCGGAUACACGCACAUGCAGUUGACAAGCAAACCUCGCGGGCGCGGAUAUGGAUUGAAGGUCCUUAUGGGGUCUCAUAUCCGCUUGAAAAGUACGACAAUGUACUUUUGCUCGCAGGCGGAGUCGGCGUCACUGCUGCGAUGUCUUACGCCUUGAGCCUACAGAGAAAAGGUAGCAAUCGAAAGGUUUCCUUUUACUGGGUCAUUCGCGAUCGAGAGAACGUGGGAUGGAUGACUUCUCAACUCAGACAGAUUUCAGAGUGUCCGUUCAUGGAUGUUCAUAUAUACAUCACAUCUGAAAUCUUCAAAGAGCCUCCAGCAUCAGCAGUUUCUCGAUCCAAGUCGCUCAAUGAGAAGAGUUACGGUGCAAGACUAUACGAAACGGUCGAGAUUGGCGAGGACUUUGGAAUGACCGAGAAACUGGUGAGCUCGUUUUCGACUUUGAACGUGACGUACCAUACCGGCCGUCCGAACGUGCCGCGCGUGGUCGAGCGAGAGAUUCGCGAGGAAGCUGGAAGCUUGGCCGUGUUUACCUGCGGUCCGGCGGGCUUUGUUGAUCUAGCGAGGACCACAGUAAUUCGGAAUCUGGAUGUGCGGCCGGAUCGCCGGAUUGAUUAUUUCGAGGAUGGUUUUUCAUGA